GCUGCAGUCUACAGCAGCCCAGCCAGCAGCCUCAAAGGCCCCUGCAAAGGAGCGCAACAUGGCCAAAAAGAUAGAGGUGAACAAGUCCUUCGUGAUGAACAUGUUCCGUGGGGCAGCCGUCACCGAGCAGGCCAUCCCUUACCCUUACACCCUGUCAGAGGAGCAGAGGGAGACACUGGAGAUGCUGGUUGACCCCACUGAGAAGUUCUUUGAGGAGGUCAACGAUCCUGCAAAGAAUGAUGCUUUGGAGAAGGUCGAAGAUCACACUCUGGAAGGACUGAAGGAGCUCGGAGCCUUUGGUCUUCAGGUACCGGCAGAAUUGGGCGGAGUGGGGCUGACCAACACACAGUAUGCACGUCUGGUGGAGAUUGUGGGAUCACACGACCUUGGAGUUGGCAUCACUCUGGGCGCUCACCAGUCUAUUGGUUUCAAGGGCAUCCUUAUUGCUGGCAACCCAGAGCAGAAAGCCAAAUAUCUGCCCAAAUGCGCAUCAGGAGAGACCAUGGCCGCCUUUGCCCUGACUGAGCCUUCCAGUGGAUCAGAUGCAGGAUCCAUCAGGUCUCGCGCUGUGCCAUCUGAGGACGGUUCUCACUAUAUCCUCAAUGGAUCCAAGAUUUGGAUCAGCAAUGGAGGUUUGGCUGAGGUCUUCACUGUCUUUGCUCAGACACCUGUGACUGAUCCUAAGAGUGGUGUCACCAAGGACAAGGUAACCGCCUUCAUCGUGGAGCGAGCAUUUGGUGGAGUGUCGCAUGGCCUCCCUGAGAAGAAAAUGGGCAUCAAAGCCUCAAACACAGCCGAGGUCUACUUUGAGGACACCAAGAUCCCCGCAGAGAAUGUGCUUGGGGGUGUUGGCAAUGGAUUUAAGGUUGCCAUGGAAAUCUUGAACAAUGGUCGCUUCGGUAUGGCUGGUGCUCUCUCUGGGACUAUGAGAUAUUCCAUCAAGAAGGCUCUUGACUUCGCCACAACUCGUAUCCAGUUCGGCCAGAGGAUCGACAGCUUUGGCACCAUUCAGGAGAAACUGGCCCGCAUGGCGAUGCUGCACUAUGUGACUGAGUCCAUGGCCUACAUGAUCUCCAGCAACAUGGACUCUGGCUCAAAGGACUAUCACCUUGAAGCAGCUAUCAGCAAGGUGUUUGCUUCAGAGGCAGCAUGGACAGUGACAGAUGAGGCUAUCCAGGUGAUGGGCGGCAUGGGAUUCAUGAAGGAGUCUGGCCUUGAGAGAGUCAUGAGGGACCUCCGCAUCUUCAGAAUCUUUGAGGGAACCAAUGACAUCCUGCGACUCUUUGUGGCAUUAACAGGUCUCCAGUAUGCAGGAGGCCACCUGAAGGAGCUGCAGAAGGCCCUGAAAAACCCCUCAGCCAACAUGGGCCUCAUUCUGGGUGAGGGCACCAAGAGAGCAAAGCGUGCAAUCGGUUUCGGCAAUGGAGGCCCAAUUGAAGGUGUCCAUCCCAACCUCUCUGAUUCUGCAGCACUUCUCAAUAGAGCUGUGGAGGCCUUUGGCUACACCUGUGAGGGUAUGCUUAUGAAGCACGGAAAGGACAUUGUCCACCGCCAGUUCCUGCUGAACCGACUGGCCAACUCAGCCAUUGAUUUGUAUGCUUCCAUUGUGGUCCUCUCAAGGGCAUCACGAUCCCUCACAGAGAACUUCCCGUCUGCUGCACAUGAGGAAAAGAUUGCACGUGUUUGGGUGAACGAGGCAUCUGACAGGAUCCAGCUCAACCUCACAGCUGUCAAGUCUAACAUCUCCCAGAAGAACUUUGCUGACCUUGAAGCUAUUGCAAAGGAGCUGUGUGAGCAUGGUGGCAUUGUUGCUGAGAGGCCCCUGGGCUUGUAAGGGAAGCAGGAGGUUAUUGAUGCUCAACUAACGGUUGCCUUCGCAUGUUGAAAUACAAUUCUCAAAUGAAAAGAAUGGAAGUAGAUGAAGAAUGUGUAGUAUCAUUUGUUUUAUCCAUUUUUUUAAAUGGAGAAAAUGGGUAAUUAAAAACAAGGCCAGAUAAAUGCCGAGAUACAAUAGUCGGAGAGAGAUAUGUAUGGAAGUUCGUUAGUCCAGAGAACAUGCUUAAAUCCGGUGCAGUUACUGUGAUUAACUCACAGCAGGCUAUUUAAGCAAUUAUAUUUUUUUGAAAUAUCAUUAUCAUUAUCUUCAUCUUUUUAUUUUAUUUUAUUUCAUUUCACUUUUUAAUUUUAUUAAUUUUAUUUUGCAAUAUCACAUUAGAAACACAGCUGCAAGUAUAUUUUGUAGCUUUUGGCCAGAAAUCUGACCGGUGGUUUUACCAGUGUUUUUUAUAAAUUGUGAAACAGAUUUUUGAUGUACAAAAUAACUAUUGGUUGUAAAGAAGGAAUUGAAGCCAGAUACAUGGGUGAAUGAAGCGAUAUACAAGGAAUGUUAUUAUAGUCUAUUCCAUUACUAAUUGCCUUCCAGAGAUUAAUUUCAGGUUAUCAGAAAUUCAUUUCUAUAGUGUUUGGGAGAAUAUUUGUACAAAUUAACGUAAAAUUUUAAACUUUAUAAUAUAAAAGACUAAAAGUAAAUUGUGGCACAGAAAAAAGAAGUUUGUCCUAGUAUUUAUUUCUCAAGAAUAUAUGCAUUCUGAUCAUUGAUAUUACUUCAUUUCAUCCUUAAAAUUAAGACUUGUAGUUGAGUUUUCUUUUGUAAUCAUUUGAAAAAUGAAAAAGGCAAAAACACCAAGCUAUCAAAUUAUUGUAGUGACGGUGUUGAAACCAGGUUAUUUUUAAGACUAACUUUGUUAAAAAUUAUAUUAUCAAUAUUUUGAGACGCACUUUCAGGCGCAUUUGCCGGCUCUUUUCCCGGCUUUCAGGGAUUACUUUUCCCAUUUACGUUUAUUGCCAAUACAAUGCAAUUUAGACUAAGGUAACAGAUUUAGCUAAUAUAUGAGUAAUGUACAUAUAAAAAGGCCUAUUAAUAAUUUUGAUUUACAAAGGUUUCUCGUCCAGAUCCCUCCCUACUGAACAUAAUGUAUUUUUUUGACUAAUAAAAUUACCCCCAGUCUUU